CCACGAUUACCACGAGCUUCCUCUACUUAUUACCUACUAUCCGUUGCUGCUUACUACUAGUAGAGUCGCCUGGUUGACUCUCUGCUUCCACUAUCUGCAACGGAAGGCUCGCAGGCCCAAUGAACCUAGCCCGUCACUCCAUCACCGCAACGAACCCUGUCCAGCUCUUUAACGUCCAGUUUGAUGCCGAUUGCAAUGUGUUCACGACUACGACGCCUGCGGGAUUCGCAGUGUAUAGAUCAUGUCCUCUAGAACUGAUUCGCAAACGAGAAGUAACAGGCGGAACGCUCGCAGCGGCCGUACCUCUCCAUUCAUCAUCUCUCUUAUUUCUUUUGGGUGGCGGGCGAAGUCCACGAUAUCCGCCAAAUAAGGUCAUUCUGUGGGAUGAGCCUUCAGGACAGGAGGUGGCUGAACUGGAGUUCAGGGAGAAGGUCCGUGGGGUUGCGUGUCGGAGAGGUUGGCUUGCUGUUGCUCUACGGAGACGGGUAGUUGCGUUUGAAGUAGGAGAGGUGGUAACUAGGUAUGGGGAAUGGGACACUUGCGAUAAUCCCAAAGGUCUGCUCGCCAUCGCAACCGGGGCCUACGCCACCCUCCUCGCAGUCCCAGGUCGCCAAACGGGCCACGUACAACUCAUUCAUCUACCCCCGUGCCGUCCACCAGAACCCGUCGGGCCCCCUCCGGAUACAUCCCCUUCCUCUUACUCCCGCCCUUCCGGAUCCAAGGCCAAGGCCAAGACUAAACCGCCAUCACAACAUGUACCAACCAAACUCCCGCACUCUAUCAUUGUGGCCCAUAAUACUGCGCUUACGACGCUCUCCGUUCCGCCUUCUGGCAGGUUAUUGGCCACGACGUCGUUGAGGGGGACGUUGGUGAGAAUAUGGGAUACGGCGACGGGGAAGCAGCUGAGGGAGUUUAGGAGAGGGUCGGAUCAGGCGGAGAUCUAUGGGGUUGCGUUCAGACCGGAUGAAACGCAGAUCUGUGUGUGGAGUGACAAGGGGACGAUACAUGUCUUCGCUCUCUCUAAUGUCGGGCCUGGGACUUCGAAUCGACAAUCUACCCUUUCCUCAUUAACAUCGUACCUCCCUCUCCCGAGAUACUUCGACUCUGAAUGGUCUUACGCACAGUUUCGGAUACCAACGCAGUCGGCGCACAUCUCACUAUCGCAACAGACAUCGCCGAGACAACCGUCUGAAACAGACACAGAGGAGGAGAAAUGCGCCGUUGGAUGGAUAGUGCAUCACACCACACCGGACGGUGGUGUGGCGUCUGGUUCCGGAGCUGUAGAGCAUCAGCUCAUCGCACUGACAUACACGGGCGGAUGGUAUCGUUUGUCGCUUCCAAACGCAUCUACUGCGUCUUCGUCCUCGACACCUUCUGGAGCCAGUCUAUCGUCAUCACCCUCGUCUGCUUCGAGACCCCUCUCACCACCUAGUAUCAGGUCUAUGCACACCCCAAGACCGAGAUCGACUAGUGGGUCGUCGUUCACGACAAGGGCCGACAAGGGCAAGGGGAGAGAGGGCGAGAAGGAGAAGAAGGAGAGUCGAGAUUGUGUGUUACAAGAGUUUAGACGGUUCGGGAGGUGGGAUGGGUGGGGUUAGCUUGUCGUCGCAUUCGUGUCUCUUUCUUCCGUUGUUUCUAUUUUGUCUAUCUGAUGGUACAGCCAUGGGUAUUUACUCUGCUUGCAUUUUUCUCUUCCUUUCCUACAUGCCUCCUUCACUCUUUAUCGAGGAUCGUUUUUUUUCAAUGGCCAUGGUAUCGUCUACAUGUUUCUCCGUCUGGAUCACUCGUUGUGUCUUGGAUAUACACUUGCUUUGACCUACCUAUCGCACUCACGUGUAUAACUAGUAAUC